AUGGAGGAAGCGAAGGCCUACGUUCAUCAGCGCGGACAGGUAAAGGGUAAGGUCACCGCAACCUUCAAUAGUCUGGAGAGAGCGGAGGACGACCCCUCUCAGGUGAGUGUCCCUUUGUUAAAAGUUUAUUCGAAAAAGUUGGAAACACAUUAUGCGGAAUACUCCGCUUUGCACAAGGAAGUGUUGAGGCUCGUUCCUCCAAGUAAAUUCGACGAACAAGAUGAGAAGUUGAACGAGUUUGAUCGUCUUCAUACAGAAACGCUUGUUCGUCUGGAAGGCUUAAUGGAAGCUUUCCAAAAGAAACCUUGUGAUUCGACCACUGCUUUGCAGACUGAUUCUUCCAGAAUCAUUGUUCAGCAGGCACCUCUUAGGGCUCCCAUCCCAACAUUUGAUGGGAAAUAUGAAAAUUGGCCUCGUUUCAAGGCGAUGUUUGAGGACAUCGUCGGCAAAGGUGCAGAUUCUGAUUCAAUUAAACUGCACCACUUGGAAAAGUCCUUGAUUGGUGCCGCUUCCGGAAUCAUUGAUUCCAAAACUUUAGCUGAUAACAACUACCAUCACGCGUGGGAUAUUCUUACCGAACGGUAUGAAAAUCCUCGCAUCAUCAUUGACACUCAUAUUUCUGAACUCUUGAGUAUGAAGAGGAUGAACAGCGAAUCUCAUAAGGAGUUGAGGGAAUUGGUGGAUACUUGUACCCGGAACAUUGAGGGUCUCAAGUUCAUGAAACAACCAGUGGACGCAACUGCUGGAUUAAUCGUCAACAAAAUUUUAGUGUCUUGCCUUGAUCCGACAACACGAAAGCAGUGGGAACGUACUCUGAAUCAUGGUGAUUUGCCUGAUUUGGACGAUACUUUGUUGUUUUUGAAGGAUCAGUGUCGCGUUUUGGAGCGGUGUGAGGUGGAUAAUCCCUCAUCCGCUAAAUCUCUACCGGGAAAGUCAGCUCAGUCUAAUGCUAAACCUGCUAUCGUCAAGGUUCACUCGGCAACGCCGGACGCUAGUAACGAGUCGUGCAGUUUUUGUGGAAUGUCGCACUUCAGCUAUCAAUGUCCUGAGUUUCGAAAGCUAUCCGUCUUGGAGCGUGUUAGUAAGGUGAAGGAAUCUCGUUCAUGUUUCAACUGUCUUCGUCGUGGGCACAAUUCUGUCGAUUGUUCGUCCAAAAAUCGUUGUUCCAAAUGUGGUAAGCGGCAUCACUCCUUGCUGCACGAUGAUGGGAAGAAGCCUGAUCAAAGUGUAAGUCUACCCGCCGCUUCUCCGAAGCCAGCUGAUGCCGUUCAGAAGCCAGUUCCUGUGUCACCUCAGGCCUCGAAUACCGAUUCAGUCCAGUCGGCUACCGUGUCUUCGUCGUGUUCGCAGAGCAUUGCACUCCCAAAUGUUUUGUUGUUGACGGCUAUGGUGCAUCUGCUCGACAAAUUUGGUCAUCCCGUGCCUUGUCGAGCCUUCCUUGAUUGUGGGGCUCAAACGAACUUGCUUUCUACCUCUAUGUUUGUGAAGUUAGGGUUUGAUGGACUUCCUGUGAAUGUCGAUAUCGUCGGCGUCAGCUCCACUCGCAGUAAGUCUAACUGUCUGGUCGAUGUGAGGCUUCGUUCGCAGUGCAGCGACUAUCAAACGACUCUCCAGUGCUUGGUCACCGCGAAGAUCACUAAUCCGUUGCCAUCAAGGCAAAUCGACAUUUCUGAGUGGAAUAUUCCCUCCAUUAUCAAGCUGGCCGAUCCUAAUUUCAAUGUUCCAGCCGCAGUAGACUUACUGAUCGGGAUGGGUCAUUUCUUUGAGCUCUUGAGGAUAGGCCAUAUUGUUCUUGCUGAGGGUCUUCCCGAGUUGCGUGAAACUGAACUAGGAUGGGUGAUCGCUGGUGAAAUCCGUGAUGAAGAAUUGGCUUUGGUUAACGUCACACAGGUGAAUUGCGUUGCUAUCGAGUCGCUCAACGAGACAGUCAAGCGUUUUUGGGAGAUCGAGGAGGUUGAAGUUUGCUCUGCUCCCACAGGAGAAGAAGAAGAGUGUGAGGAAUUGUUUCGCAACUCGUAUCAACGUGAUGUCAACGGUAGAUAUAUAGUGAAGCUACCGAUCCGUGAAAAUGUACACGAACUUUCUGAUAAUCGUACAUUGGCCCUUCGUCGUUUUUUCUUUCUCGAAAGACGGUUGCUGAAGGAUCCCGAGCUCCGUCUGCAGUACUCUAACUUCAUUGAAGAGUACAAAUCUCUCGGUCACUGCAAAGAAGUUGUUGAGGCGCACGAUGUCCCAGGACAAAUGAAGUAUUACAUGCCGCAUCACGCCGUUUACAGGCCGUCGAGCACAAGCACAAAGUUAAGGGUUGUGUUUGAUGCGUCGGCGAAGCCCGUGUCAGGAGUGUCUCUCAACGAUGUGUUGAAGAUAGGUCCCGUCGUUCAGAAUGACUUGAUAUCAAUUCUGUUGAGAUUUCGUAAACAUCCUUUCGUCUUUACCGCUGAUAUUCAAAAAAUGUAUCGGCAGAUUUUGAUUGAUCCUGAACAAACCUCGUUGCAGAGAAUUUUCUGGCGGUCCAACCCAACCGACCCCAUCAAGGUUCUCGAAUUAGUGACUGUUACGUACGGCACUUCUGCUGCUCCUUUCUUGGCUACCAGGUCCCUAGUUCAACUGAGUGUCGAUGAAGGAGCCGAUUUCCCUCUUGCAGCUCGCGUGAUACAAGAGGACUGCUAUGUUGAUGAUGUGUUGUCGGGAGCGAAAACCAUUCAAGAAGCCAUUGAAUGUCGUCAACAGCUCCAAACGUUACUAGCCAGGGGUGGUUUUCCGGUGCAUAAGUGGUGCGCCAACGAUGAAGCGAUUCUUCAGGAUGUCCCUGAGGCUGAGCGUGAAAAACUAGUUCUUCUUGAUGAUCUGUCGGCAAAUGAAGUGAUGAAGACUCUCGGAUUAACGUGGAAUCCGAGGAGCGAUGAGUUUCUAUUUUGUCAAUCCCUUUCGUCCGAAGAGUCAACUGUGACAAAGCGUCAGCUGUUCUCCGAAAUUGCGAAAAUGUUUGACCCGUUGGGCUUACUUGCUCCAAUUACCGUUCUGGCUAAGCGUUUGAUGCAGCAAACCUGGGCUGCAAAAAUAGGUUGGGAUGAGUCUCUCUCUGAUGACAUCCUAAGAGACUGGUUACAGCUUCGCAAUUCUCUCGCAUCCGUUCGUGACAUCGAAAUUCCCAGACCAGUAACCGGUCCCGCGUAUGAGUCUCUUGAGCUACACGGGUUCGCAGACGCUUCAGGAAUAGCGUACGGUGCCUGCCUGUAUGUUCGCAGUAUUCUCCCAAAUGAUUGUUGUGUCGUCAGGUUGUUGUGUAGCAAGUCUAAGAUUGCCCCUCUGCAAGAGUUGACAAUCCCUCGAAAGGAACUGUGCGCAGCCGUGCUGCUGUCCAGGUUGGUGAAAAAGGUUCAAUCGACGUUGCAUGUUCAGUUCUCUUCCGUUUGCCUUUGGUCGGACAGUCAGAUUGUCCUCUCGUGGCUGCAGAAGGCGCCAGCGAAACUGCAGCCAUUCGUUCAGAAUCGUGUGGUGGAGAUAUCAAGGGAAUGUGGUCUCUACAAAUGGUGUUACGUCCGGUCCAAAGACAACCCGGCCGAUGUGAUCUCUCGCGGCCAGCUCCCACGUAGUUUGAAGGAAAACUCGCUAUGGUGGGAAGGGCCUCCUUUUCUCCAAUCGAAGAUAUACGAAUCACCAGUUCUUGAUCAACUGCCUGAUGGCUUGAUGCCUGAAAUGAAACCAGUUUCGGUCGUGGCAAUGCCCGUAGUGAAUUGCGACGAUCUGCCACUCUUUAAGAAAUUCGGAUCUCUACGUAAACUGCAGCGUGUUCUUGCCUACGUUCAGCGAUUUUUGAAGAAUUGCCGUACCAAGAAUCCGGAGGAUCGAGUCAAGUGUAAAUAUCUUUCCGUCCCCGAGCUCCGAUCUGCUCUCCAUACUAUCGUUCUGGUUAUUCAACGCGAAUCUUUGUCCGAUGAAAUCGAAAAAAUGGAGAGCGGUGAACCGUCUAAACGGUUGAAGACUCUCGGCCCGUUUUUGCAUAACGGAGCCUUGCGAGUGGGUGGCCGUAUUCAGAAGUCACGAAUGUCGUUUGAUGCAAAGCAUCAAUAUAUCCUGCCAAAACAUCCACUCACUGAUUUGAUUAUUCGCCAAUAUCAUUUGGAACAUUUACACAUUGGUCCUUCUGGUCUGUUGUCCGCUCUUCGUCAACGCUUCUGGUUGUUGGGUUCGCGUUCCGCCGUGAGGAAGAUUACCGUUUGCUUGGUAACGAAAUCCGUCCACUUGGAACUCGUCUCGGAUAUGUCAACUGCUGCUUUCAUUGCUGCGAUGCAGCGUUUCAUUAGUCGCAGAGGAAUUGUUCGUGAGUUUCACUCUGACAAUGGCAGCAAUUUCCGUGGAGCUAAAGCUGAGCUCCACGAGUUGUAUUCGAUGUUUCGUGAUAAUGUCACUGUUCACCAAAUCGAGUCAUUUUGCCAGAACAAGGAGAUUGCCUGGCACUUUAUUCCGCCUGACGCCCCUGAAUUUGGUGGAAUGUGGGAAGCUUCAGUGAAAAGCGCGAAGUAUCACUUGAAGCGUAUCCUCAAGGGAACUCCGUUAACCUUUGAGGAGAUGUAUACUCUAUUAACGCAAAUUGAAGCGGUCUUGAACUCGCGGCCGCUUUUUUCGCACUCAGACGAUCCCGCUGAGGGUGAGGUCAUCACCCCAGCUCAUUUCCUCAUAGGCCGCCCUCUAACGGCCGUACCGGAGCCUUCAUACGAAGGUCUCAAUACAAAUCGUUUGUCAAAAUGGCAGCACCUGCAACAAAUGCGGGAACAUUUCUGGAGGUCGUGGGUGCACGAUUAUCUCAAAUAUUUGCUGGCGUUGAAUAAGCGACUAGAUCAACUAUCGACCACCGAAACCCACGAAGAAUCUAUGGAUCAAGGACAGCAAGAAUUUCAGAACGACCUAGUUGAAGAUUUUCUAGCUGAACUCUUCGAGGAGGACACUCAGCUUUCGCUACCCGACCGAGAAUCAGCUGACAGCUUACUUGGAGAAAUCGUCAAGCUUGAAUACAGGCCAAAAGUAAACAUUACUACAUCGUCUUCAGCCAACAUUUGCAGCCAAUCAACGGAACCACAACCUAGCUCAUCGAAAAAGAUUUGGGAUGCAAUUUGUAUUAGCUAUUCGAUAUAA